AUGUCUUUAUCCCUUCGUUUUCUCAGCGCUAAACUGUUCUUAUGCCUCUGUUUAACCUUAUUUCAACACCAUGUCACGUUUUCUGCUUCGAAUCCUACUGGUCUAACCCUAAGGGCUGUCCUGGAUGAUUCUCCAAACUCUCCUUUAUACCUUAUUGAAAACAUGACUAUAGCUGAAAGAAUCGAAAGAUUUAUCCAAGUUACCAAUGCUAAAGACAAUUAUUUGAAUCUUAAUGCAAGGGUAGGCCCUGAUAAUUCUAAUUCUCUAUCUCGAGUAGUAAUGGCUCGAGAUGGUUUAUUUUAUUCAGUAUGGCUUCUAAUAGGAAGCCAAGGCCAAGAAGUGAAGCUGUUGAUGGACACAGGCGGUGGUCUAACAUGGACGCAGUGUCAGCCUUGCCUAAAUUGUUUCCCACAGAAUCUUCCAAUUUAUGAUUCUAGAGCUUCCACUACUUACUCCACUCUUUCUUGUGACCAUCCUCUCUGCCAAGUCGAGGGUAGCCUUUAUACUUGUGUCGAUGACUUAUGUAUCUUCGUUCAUAAUUAUCAUGGCGGCCUCUACACUACGGGCGUCGCAUCCCUGGAAACAUUCUAUUUCCCUAUGGACCCAUCUACUGCUCUAACUUUCAAUAAUCUGGUCUUCGGUUGCUCUCGGGAUAGUCGUAACGUUGUUUUUCAGGACACCGAACUUUCAGGGAUCUUUGGAAUGAACAUGAUGCCGGAUUCAUUGAUGAGUCAGCUUUCUAGUUUUACUAACUUUCGAUUCUCCUACUGUUUGGUCCCAUUUCCUGAUUUAAUACCUCAUACACUUGUUCUAAGGUUCGGAGAUGACAUUCCACUGUUGCCUCCAGAACGUGUUAAAACAACGAUGUUCGUGCACGCACCUUACCUCUAUAAUUACUACGUGAACCUGGUGACUAUAAGUUUUCUAAAUGAUCGUCUAGGAUUUCCUCCAUCUCAAUUUCAGCUGAGGGAAGACGGGUUAGGUGGUUGCUUCGUUGACUCUGGAUAUUUGCUCACCGCAAUCGAAGACAACUAUGUUGGAGGGGUGAAUGCAUAUGAUGUACUAAUGGAUCUGUUUACAGCUUAUUAUGAGAGCAACAAUCUUAGAAGAACAACGGAUCCGUCAGGACUUGACAUGUGUUUUGAACGUCCAAAUGAUUUUAAUAAUUUUGCAAAUCUAACAUUCCAUUUUGAUGGUGAAGCCGAUUACUUCGUUCCUCCACAGCAUUUGCAUAUCUUCCAACAAGAUCACUUCUGCGUAGCAAUAACAAGGGGAAGAUACGCAACUGUGCUUGGAGCAUGGCAGCAACAAAAUAAACGUAUGCUUUAUGAUGUAGGGCUUGGUAGACUCCAAUUUGCUGAUGAAAACUGUGCGAAUGAUUAA